AUGUUGUGGAUAGAUAAACACUGCCCUAAGCAUCUGCACGAGUUAACGUCCCAUAAAGAUGUUAAUGAACUGCUCAUUAAGCUCGUCAACAAGUCACACGGGGAACUUCCACAUUUCCUCUUUUAUGGACCCUCUGGAGCCGGAAAAAAGACGAGAAUAUUAGCAACUCUGCGGUCAGUAUUUGGAGCAAAAGUAGAUAAGGUCAAAACUGAUGUCUUGUCUUACAAGGAUAGCAACGAAAUCAUCGUCUGCCAAAGUGAAUCACACAUUCAAAUACCAUGUCCGGAGCUGGGCACGCGAGAUCGUGUCAUCAUUCAAGAUGUUAUACGCAACCUUUCGUCAGCGCCUUCUGCAUCAAAUUACUUCACAAAAGGGCCUUCCUAUAGAGUCUUCCUGUUCGAAGAUGCGGAUUCACUCUCACAUGAAGCCCAAGCCGCCCUGCGUAGAACCAUGGAAACAUACAUCAAGAACGCCAGAAUGUUCCUACACGUACGCCAGUUGUCACGAAUCAUGCCUCCCCUAAGAAGUCGUUGUCUAUGCAUAAGGAUAAGAAGUCACACCCCUCAAGAGAUCCUUGAUAUAUUGCGGGAAAUAUGCAACGCUGAGAAUAUAACGCCCGGGCAAGCUAGUGAUUCAAUGCUACUCAACAUUGCGGAGUCAAGCAACAGGAAUCUCAGGAGGUCCAUACUCAUGUUAGAAGCCGUAGCAAUGGGAGGAUUUACACUUGAAACUAAAAACUUUAUGAUGCCCUGGGAAAGAAAUAUAAAGCAGAUUGUAGAUUCUGCACUAUCUUCACAAACCCCCUCCACUCUAUCAUCAUUGAGGCCGCAAAUUUACGAACUAUUGGUCUGUUGCAUCCCAGGAGAAAUCAUUCUAGAGACAAUCGUAAACCAAUUAAUAAAGCGGGUAAAACCAGUACUGGUACCAAACAUCAUUCACCUAGCUGCACAUUUUUCACAUACAAUGAAACUAGGAUCAAAGGAUAUAUGGCAUAUUGAAGCAUUCAUAGCACAAACCAUGAGCUUAGUAGCACGAAGACAGCCAAAGAAGGCAUAA